AUGAGUGGCGAUCCAUCCGUAAAGGAGGGCAAAAAGCCAGCUGCUGAAAACGAACAAUCGUCGGAGCCCAGUCGCUAUACGACACUUCAGCAUCAGACUGCCGCCACCGGACUUGCGAGCCUUCCUUUCAAAACUGUCGUCUCGGUCUUCCGGCACCAGUGGCAUAAGGAUAAAGGCCGCAUAACCUUCGCCCAUGCCGAACAGUUUAUGCGCGAGCAUGAUCUGCCCCCGAAAAAGGCCGAAUGGCCCAACUUAGACAAAUACCGGCCGCGGCAUUGGAGGGUUCAUCACUUCCAACUCCGCCUCCUGAAAGAAGAUCUCGUUUCCAGAGAGCUACGGGUCAACCUCCCUACAGACCUUGCCAAAGUCUACUAUGAUAAACUACCUGCCUGCAUGGAUGAUGCCAUCGAUCCCGGCGAAUUCACCAACCUGGUCGACCACUGUGGUGCGGAACGACACCCCAUGAUCCUCGCCGUCCCGAUGGCUUUGCAUCUAUGGAGUAUUCACCAAGACUAUCCAGAUCUCCUCCCGAAGAACCCGGCGCCGUAG